AUGACGCUGGGGUACUGCCAACACCGCUGCUCCCGCUCGUCUCCCCGGGAGCCUCCGGGCUUGGCUCGCAGCUCCUUCCCCAAGAACGUGCGCGGCUGGGGCUACACGCCUCUGAUUGCCCGGCUGAUGACGCGGAACUGCCACGCCCCCGCGGGCCAGCUCUGCUGCGCUCCGGCCCGCAGCCCGCGGCGGUGGCGCGCAGAGUCAAUGAGGCACCUUUGUCUCCCCGCAGCUGCGGCCCGGCCCAGCCGGCGGCUGGAGGGGCGCAGGCGGCAUCCUUCCGUCCCCGGGGGCGUGGGCCCCACUGCCUCAUUCUCCCAACGUGACGGUGGCUCGGAGGUACUUGAACGCUUCUUUUGUUACUUUCGCCACCCUCUCUUCCGGGUCCGCUCGACCUCUGCUCCCCGGAAAGCAAGGGGAGGAGGAGAAGCCAGCUCGGGAGCGGGCUCCGCGCAGAGCUAG